UCCAUCCCUGCGACUGCCUGUACCGGCCAAAACCAGGAACACACCAAGGCUACCAACUUCUGGACUCGAAGCACUGGACAGAAUCCAGCCCAAGGAGGCCCCCGACCAGAUACCCAACUCCAAGGCACCUCCCACCUGCCCAGGGCUCAAAUUGUCAAUAGUCCCAGCUACGAUGCAGGCCUCUGGGCACCCAGAGCCCCUUGACAGCAGGGUCUCCUUCUCCCUCCCCACGAUGGGUGCCAACGUCUCUCAGGACAAUGGCACCGGCCACAAUGCCACCUUCUCCGAGCCGCUGCCGUUCCUCUAUGUGCUCCUGCCUGCCGUGUACUCCGGGAUCUGUGCCGUGGGGCUGACUGGCAACACGGCCGUCAUCCUUGUAAUCCUGAGGGCGCCCAAGAUGAAGACGGUGACCAACGUGUUCAUCCUGAACCUGGCCAUCGCCGACGGGCUCUUCACACUGGUUCUGCCUGUCAACAUCGCGGAGCACCUGCUGCAGUACUGGCCCUUCGGGGAGCUGCUCUGCAAGCUGGUGCUGGCCAUCGACCACUACAACAUCUUCUCCAGCAUCUACUUCCUAGCCGUGAUGAGCGUGGACCGAUACCUGGUGGUGCUGGCCACUGUGAGGUCCCACCACAUGCCCUGGCGCACCUACCGGGGGGCGAAGGUCGCCAGCCUGUGUGUCUGGCUGGGUGUCACGGUCCUGGUUCUGCCCUUCUUCUCUUUUGCUGGCGUCUACAGCAACGAGCUGCAGGUCCCAAGCUGUGGGCUGAGCUUCCCGUGGCCCGAGCGGGUCUGGUUCAAGGCCAGCCGUGUCUACACGUUGGUCCUGGGCUUCGUGGUGCCUGUGUGCACCAUCUGUGUGCUCUACACAGACCUCCUGCGCAGGCUGCGGGCCGUGCGGCUCCGCUCUGGAGCCAAGGCUCUAGGCAAGGCCAGGCGGAAGGUGACCAUCCUGGUCCUCGUCGUGCUGGCCGUGUGCCUCCUCUGCUGGACGCCCUUCCACCUGGCCUCUGUCGUAGCCCUGACCACAGACCUGCCCCAGACCCCGCUGGUCAUCAGCAUGUCCUACGUCAUCACCAGCCUCAGCUACGCCAACUCGUGCCUGAACCCCUUCCUCUACGCCUUUCUAGACGACAGCUUCCGGAAGAAUUUCCGCACCAUGUUCCGGUGCUGAGGGGCCUGAGCACCCACCAUCACCCCCAUCAUCACCCCCACCCCCCACCCAGUUCGGGUUGUCUCUUUCAGAGGAUGCCCGGCCUGUUCACAUCCCAGUGCUGUCCUCUCCACGCAGGGAGACACAGACCCUCACACGCUGGCCACCAGACCUACAGACAGCCGUGGGCAUAUACCUUCCAUGUCUCUGCUUCCUGGACAGCCCCUGGGUGGACAGCAGCAGGGAUCCAGGUCCUAGCAGAAGGCCCCCACACAGCAAGCAUCCUGGGUCCACUUACCCACGAGAGACAGACAGAUGCACAAGCCCCUUGGAAGGCUUUUUGGGACUCAGGAACCCUAAUGACAGUGGUCGGGAGCGGAAGGAACCUGAACUGUGAUCUUGACCUGGGCCAGCGCCAUGUUGCACAGUCUCUCCCCAAGACGGGGUUGGGAGGUGGUAAGUGUGGGCACCUCAGGCAGCAGCAAUGCUGUGUUGCUGCAAAGGCCAAGGACACCUGCACCAAAUGAGACCAAGAAAUCCACUCCCGUGGCCUGAAGCCCAAGUGGCAUUCCAGCAGGAGACCCAGCCCCGCCGUGCCCACACGCCGUGGCCUGUGCUCCCCUGUACCCCCCUGCUGUGGCCGACGGUCCUCUCAUACUUUGCUAGAGGCUACAGGGCCCUUUUGCCAGGACUUCUGGGCCACCAC